UCCUCAUCUCAUCCAGAGGAGCACCGAGAGCGGAGUGUGCCGGUCACGGUUACGGUCCGUGAAGUUCGUGCAUCUUUUUCAGGAAACGGAGUCGGUUAUUGAAGGUGGAGAGGUACUCCAAAUCAGCUGAAUAGAUUCAUUUAUUCCUGGAAAGGAUGUUAUAUGUCUUCAAGUUUUAUUUCCUCUGCAGUAUUUCGUCAUAAGUAAAGUCUGAUAUUUAAUGUAUGCUGUCUGGAAUACACUUACAGACAGAAACAAGACCUUCGGAAUCACAUUUUUCUGAAGCUGUUGUUUUGUGGGAGUCUCUUUUACCUUGAUGUUAUUCUGAAGACCAACUGAAAAUGAGUAGUGAGCAUAGAUUAUUGUUCCAUACAGUAGAUUCAUAAGGUAGAUCAUUAUUAAACAAGAAUCAUCAUUAUACAAUAGAUCAUUACUAUAUAGCAAGGACCAUCAUUAUACAGUAGAUCAUUACUAUUUAACAAGGAUCAUCAUUAUACAGUAGAUCAUAAUUAUUCAACAAGUAUCAUCCUGAACAUUACUGAACUUUAAUGUAAAUUUGUGGAAAGACGUUACAUAUGGACUAUAUCACAAAUAUGAACUGAUGAGAGAAAUCAGAAAUGUUGCUGAACUUAAGAAUUUUAACUAGACAGAAGAUUCAAACCCAAUUCGACAAGACCUUUCUGCUGCACUCUGAAAAAUACAACAAGGACAGACAAAGAAUCCAGUAAAGAGAAGCUUACUUCACGUAUCCAACAAUCUUAAGUUGAGCAAGAAUAUAUAUUUAAUUGAACUGUUUUAACAAGUUCUAAGAAUAUAAAAACAAGAAGAUAAUCUUUGAGAUACUCGCAACAUAUUCAGUUUCUGAAAACAAAUCUCUUUUUUUUGUGGUGUAGUUGUUAAACAGGAAGAUGAGCUUGAGAGAAACAGAUGUGAAAGAACUGGCGAGCCAGGAUCAUGAAGUCCUGGGAUCGGACUUCUGCUCCGGCUACACGGACAUCUUCGGAAAAUGGAACACGGGAUUUGACUGUCCACGAAUGGGCAACGGUGAAACUGUAUACUGCUGUGGCACUGUUACCUAUAAGUACUGUUGCACCCGUCGAGAUCAGCAUUCUGGAUCGUCCAUCAGCCAAUCUGUUUUAUUGGGAUCUGCCCUGGGCUCAGUACUGAUGAUUAUUCUGGUGACGCUCGUCUCCUGUCUCAUUUGCCGCAGAUGCGUUCCUUACCGGAGAGCACACCCCUCUCUCAACGGAGGGCCGUUGUAUACAAUGCACUGCAGCAGUACCGCAAGUGGCAUGGCGAACAUGUAUUCUUUCUCUGGACAACCCUCAUCAGUGACCACUCCUCUGGACGCCCCUCAUGUGCUUGUGGACUUGGAUAAUCCAGAACAUGCGUACACGAUACCCAUGAAUACGCAACGAGGUUUGGCUCGACAUCUGACACCAGGUGGCGUAUGUGAAACUCCUUCGGAUCCACCGCCCCCUUAUAAUGAAGCAAACAAUGGGGCUUCGGGAGAAAGCAUUGUCAACGGAAAUUCACCUUCAUCUAACAGUUUCGAUCUGAGGACAUCUCGUGUUGGCUUAGCAUCUCAGCAAAGAUAUCCAAUCAAUCCUAAUCGGAGACUUAACGGAAAUGACGGAACCCCGACACAGAACACACUCUACUGGUCAACUAAGUUCUGACGUUACAAGUAGUGGCGAUGAGCCGUUCAUAGAACUAAGAUGUGCCACGAGAGCGUAUUUUUGUAUGUGAGGUUGAAAGAUUAUGUAGUAAUGGUAAAACAUUUGCGCAAGUCAUGCGAAGGAAGGUGCUAAGAGUCAACAAAUACAUUGGUUUGGAUUGCAUCGUAAUUAUCAACGUCACUCAGCUGUUUGUAAUCACCUGAUAGUCUUA